GACUCCAUCUCCUUCACAGCUUUGGAUUCUUAUUUUCUACCCUAAAAAACAGACAUUCUUUAUUAUUCUCUAGACGGAAAGUUUAAGCAAUGGCAAGUAAGAUUCUGUUCAUUGGAGGAACAGGAUACAUAGGAAAAUUCAUAGUGGAAGCUAGCGCUAAGGCAGGCCAUCCUACUUUUGUUCUUGUUAGAGAGCCCACUCUCUCUAAUCCUAUUAAAUCCGUUGUGAUCGAUAACUUCAAGAACCUUGGGGUCAAUUUCCUUAUUGGAGAUUUGUUUGAUCAUGAAAGUUUGGUGAAGGCUAUAAAGCAAGUGGAUGUUGUUAUCUCUACAGUUGGUCAUGCUCAGUUAGUUGAGCAAGACAGGAUCAUUGCUGCUAUUAAAGAAGCUGGAAAUGUUAAGAGAUUUUUCCCAUCAGAGUUUGGAAAUGAUGUGGAUAGAGUGAAUGCUGUUGAACCAGCAAAAUCAGCGUUUGCAACGAAGGCGAACAUAAGAAGGGCUAUUGAGGCUGAAGGGAUUCCGUACACCUAUGUAUCUUCCAAUUUUUUUUCUGGCUAUUUCCUUCCUUCUCUUAACCAGCCUGGAGCCACAGCUCCUCCAAGAGAUAAAGUUGUCAUCUUGGGUGAUGGAAAUCCUAAAGCUGUUUUCAACAAAGAAGAUGACAUUGCCACCUAUACUAUCAAAGCAGUGGAUGAUCCCAGAACCUUGAACAAAAUUCUCUACAUUAAACCCCCAGCCAACAGCAUCUCAUUCAAUGAUCUUGUGUCCUUGUGGGAGAAGAAGAUUGGGAAAACCCUUGAAAGGAUCUAUGUUCCAGAGGAGCAACUUCUCAAAAAUAUCCAAGAAGCUUCGGUUCCAGUCAACGUGGUUUUGUCAAUUGGGCACUCGGUGUUCGUAAAGGGAGAUCACACCAACUUCGAGAUUGAACCAUCAUUUGGUGUAGAGGCUUCGGAGCUUUACCCUGAUGUCAAAUACACUACUGUGGAUGAAUACCUGAAUCAGUUUGUCUGAGUCUUCUACACCAAUCAGUAUUACCUAAAUAAAUAAUCAAGCAGAUCCCAUAUUAUGCUUCACAGUACUACAUGGGAGAAUUUAGUUGCUUGUAAUGCUUUUGCACUUCAAUAAUUGAUCAAAAUAUCUCAGUGAUGUAUCAAGUUUCUCUACAUAAUAGCACCCUUUCGCCUAUGAAGUUACACGAAAUUGAAGUCAUGUUUCGGCCA